GGCGUCAAAGCAGCGAACAUUUCACGUGUAAGUUCGCGUAUCGUCAAGGGGCUACCUACAGACUGAUAAUUCCCCUUUGUAUAAUUUUUUUUUUUUUUUUUCGCCCAAUUUGCGCACCUUUUAACAAUGAAAGGGAGUUCCCGUGUAGAAGACGUUCACACAGUUCUGUUUGCACUUCGAAUUACACACAACAUCGUGGAUGUUGCUUUACCCACCAUUUCAGUUCUGCCCUCGGGGUCGUAGCUCCCUCCAUGGCGUCUCCCCCCGAGUUGCUUCCCCCCAUUGGUCACUUGCUAAAACUCGAAAAGGAUGUGAAGAAAAAAAUCGCCGAAAAGGAGCACCAAAUGAGGGUUACGUUCUUCUUUUUAAACGUCCACAAAUUAGGUAACCCCCGUUUGACCCAUAAAAAAAAUUAUCGAACCAGGUGGAGUACAUCCCUCCAAAUAAACAAAUGUCGGAGGCAACGAAAUGGGAGAAUAAAAAACACCCACUUGGAAAUACACACCCUUCUCAUUAAGAAAAAAUGCCACUUGAAAAAGGAACUUGUGCGCAAAAGGGGGAGGCGGAAAGAAGAAGGAGCGUUCCCAUCACAUCCCCCCGACGUAGGUAAGCACUUUCAAACGGGAUUAACGAGCGACGGGAGGGGACGAAGCAGGAGGCGACGCACAGGGAGAGGACAAACAGCGCACACUCCGUAAAACUCAUAAGGGAAAUCAAAUUAGAAACCAGCAAUUCUGUUCUGUCGCUCGCGCAAAGCAGCGAUGUGAGGUACGUCCUGGCGGGGUUAGAUAGUGGCGCUUUACACAUUUACGACUUUGCCUAUGCUGAAAAGGGAACAGGAAAAAAACUCCCCACAGAACAAAUGAGGGAAUGCCCCAAUGACAGUAGCUGCUAUAAGGAACACAUUUUUUGGGCCCACCGUGGUGCUCUCACCAACGUACAAUUUUCGAAAGUGCAAGGUGGUCUUUUUUUAACCGUCGGCAUGGACAAAAAAAUAAAAAUAUGGAAAAUACGAAAUGGAGAUAAACACCCUUUAAAUAAGAGCCAUACGAAUAACACAUUCAAUUUAAGUUUCAUUUGCGAAGGGACAUUUGAUGAGCACAUCGCAAAAUGCAUGUUUCACCCGAGUGUACACAAUAACAUAAUUAUUGCUCUCUCUAAUGGGGUUAUAAAAAUUGCCAACAUAGUACCUAAAAGGGGUGCAUAUAAUCACAUGACCCGGUCAGGCAAAACUACCAGAAUUUUCGAAAAAUGGACAGCACGUUUUACUGCCAAUUCGGGAGACAAAAGUUACGCAGAAUUUUGUAGUGCCACUGGAAUGUCUUCCCAUUCGGGUAGCAACAACUGUCGAAUGUUAACCAGAAAUAACUUCCAAAGUGUUGACAAAAUUAGGAUGACAACAAAACAAGGAGAGAAAUUUUAUGAGAAAAAUUUCUUAAAAAAUAUGAACAGAUUGAGAAAAAAAAAAAAAAAAAAUUCCAACUGGUAGUAGCUAGCCAAAUGCUAGCCAAUUUUUCCAUUUGCACUUUGGCUGUUCAGAAAAAAAAAAUUUUUAUUUGUCGGAAUGUGCAACGGAAUUGUCAGCGUCUACACAGAUAAGUAUGAACUCCAAAGAGAGUUAGUAUGUCGAAGCAAAAGAGCAGCGUGUGUAAAGAUUUCCCAAAUAUGUAGCAUUGACUUUGAAGAGAAUUUGCAAUUAAUUAUCGUUACCACUGCACCUAACCGAGUUUCCAUUUUUGACGAUAAGGAUUUUUUCUUAAUUUACAAAUGCGGGGGUCAUAUAAAUUGUACCAAACUGCUGGAGGUAAAGGCUUUUUUAAAUUCUCGCCGCGUGGGGGGAGAAAAUGCCGCAAGGAGUGGCAACGCGUCACUGCACACAGCCAUGAGGCAAUUUCCCCCCAAUGAUGCCACAAGUAGUGACUUACCUCCCAAUGCUCGCGCCAAUAAAGACCGGUUUGAAGCACAACACAGGUUAAUAACCCCCCCAGGGAUACGAAAUGUAGAAAUGGAUUUUAAAAUUAUAGCACCAGUGGAGGAUGGACAAAUAACGAUUUCGAAUUUUACCUUAUGUCUGUUCGGAAAAUAUCACAAUUUGCCUGACCCUCCUUCAGAAUUUUAUGAACACUCGGAAAAAAAGGUUCAUAAUUUUUUCUGGCCUAAAUUAAGAGGGUCAAGGGGUGUCCCACCUGAGAAAGAAGAAAAUGCACCACUAAAUGGGACUACGCUUAGGAAAGAAAAAGGUCAUAGUAUCAUGUGCACUGUCCUCAGUAACGCUACAAAAAAGUGUACGCGUCCAACCAGGAAGAGUUUUCUCCUUGCGGCGAAGAAGAACUUCCUCGAAGGGAGCCCCUCGGUUGAAUUACACAGGGGUGAGGCGUGUGCAACUUUGCGCAAUUUGCCUGACUGGCAUAGCUGUAUGAAUGAGUCCUGGGGGCAAAAAACGGGGAGCACAUUUGAGAAAAAAUUGGCGAGCACUUUUACGAAUAAGAGUAUACAUCGCUGGGACAAAAGGGAGAGGCCAUUCUGCAAAUGGGGGGGCCAUUCGGAAUACUUCCUCCCGAGUGGAGAGGAUAAGGUAUCCGCGUCUUCCAUUUCGGACGAGUUUCUUUGUCAUGCAUAUGAGGAUGUUUAUAAGAGCAGGGUGCGAAGGGAUCCCCACGGAAGGGCAUUACAUGACCCUGGUAGUGACAAUAAAAAAUGCAACUUUUUGCAAAAAAUUAAAAAGGUCCUAUUCUCAAAGAAUAAGAGCACAGGCCAUCAGAAUGUGUUUUCUUUUGUCCACAAGAUCGCGGAGAGUUCUCCUCACCGGAAAUCACCAUCGAGCAUUGGUGAGACUUCCCGUUCGAGUAAUUCGCGGCAACGCAUAGAAAAUAUUUUUAAAUGUGCUGUCACUGUGUAGAAUUUCCCCGCGAGGGUA